UCCUUCGCCCCCCACCCCCUAAUUUCCCACCUUUCUUCCCCAACCUCCCUCUCCCCGCUGCCCCAAUUCGCCCACCCUCUUUGCCCGCCAGCACCUCGCUGCUGCAUCGGACCAUUCAAGUUUAUGCGCUGCCGAUGAAGCGAGCGGGCGAGAGAGAUGGGAACGGCGCGGUCUAUCUGCGAACAACAGUAGCGAGGGCUGCGUGUGACAAGCGGCAGACUUACUCCGCUAACUAUAACAACACACAGCGGCUUCUACCCCGGUACAGAAGACACACACAGCAGCAGAGACACACAGCAGACGCACAGAGAGACGAGGCGCAUAGAGAGAGGAGACGCCGGGAUUAUUAUCCGCAGCAGUAUCUCGUGCAAACAUUCGAGGCUCGCAAUCCCGACUAGAUUGUGCACGCGCCUUCGUCAUCAUCAUCAUCAUCACCUGCACACACGAGUUGUUACGCAUUCGCUCGAGGCACGCCACGUGUGUCUGUUGUCGUGUCGGCUCUGUUAUUCGUUGCAGAGCAGUGGCGGUGGAAGUAGCGGGCUGAUUUGCAGUGAGUGGCACUGGCUGAGCGAGCAGGAGAACGGCGGGAUUACGCGCGCCCAUGUAUAAUAUAUAUACACACACGAGUCCACGUGUGUGUCAUCUGAUGUACACACGUGGCGCCGUACCUAGUGCAGGUGUACAGUUGGUGGUCGCUGAGUGAUGAGUCGAAGGAAGUCAGCCACUGCAUCACCAUGGUCUUCAGUUUUGUCGCCUUCUGCUACAUGCUCGCUCUCGUGCUCUGCUCCGCUCUGCUGUUCUUUGCCGUGUGGAGGAUCGCUGCUUAUGAUGAGCUUUGGAGAGAGAGCAAUGCAGCUUCCGACCCAACUGACUGCAUCACCAAGCUGGAGCGCGAGAGGAAGAUUGAAAAGCUCUGCCGAAUGCUGAUGAAGCUGGCGCUCCCGGAGUACUUCAUCCACUGCCUCUUCUGCGUGAUGUUCCUGUGCGCUCUGGAGUGGCUGGCCCUUGCUGUCAACCUUCCCUUGUUCUGCUACCACAGCUGGAGGUUCAUGCAGAGCCCGGACAAGCAGUCGGCGGCGGACGCCACGCACGACCCCAGUACGGCGACGCAGGCCGAGGUGCUGGCGUACUGCCGACGAGAGGGCUGGUGCAAGCUGGGCUUCUACCUGCUCUCAUACUUCUACUACCUGUACAACAUGGUCUACAACAUGAUGAGUCCUGCGUAAAGGACUCGCAGAUGGGCCGUGCUCCGGCUCCGCCGGCGGCUCGACAAAGACUUCCAGGGACGGUGCAACGUCAAAAGAAGACGUGGAGCAAGAGGGAGGGAGAGAGGGGAAGAGUGGAAGUGGUGGCUUCCUGUGGUGAACAUCCUUCAGACUCCUCCCGCUCGCACACACCUGGCCAGCGGUGACGAUUACCCCUUCAGCUCCUCCACCCGCACCUCUCUCGUCCAUGUCCGAGUCUUCCAACGCGGGACUUCCACGCGGCGUUUUCCACCGCCUGUGUGGACGACGGCACGGGGUGGGUGGAGCGCUUCCUCGCCACGCGUGUCGACCCGCAGCCUGGCGCCUGUCCGUGAGUGGCCAUCGCCUGCCGACAGCUCGGCGUGUCCCACCGAGUGCCGUCUCGGGCACGGCUGGGAGAACUUGAAGGCCGACGCGUGACUUCGAUUCACAGGGGUCCCCUUGAGCUGCUUGGAUCCACAAUACUUUGCCGACAUCUGCGUAUUCCUGGUGCCGCCACCGCGUGCUUAUGUGACAGCGCAAGCGAAACAACAUUUUAUUUAACCAGCUGACGGCCUGCAGAGAUUCAUCAUCUCAGGGGUCGGGAACCGAUGGGCCAUGGUCGUAUCACUCCACACGGCCCACGGUCAGGCGAAAAGGCCUACAACUUGUAAACAGCCCGCAAACCAUACUUACCCACAGCAAGCAUCAGAGCCGCGCUAAUUGGGUACUCGGGCGGGUGGGGGUCAAUGUUUUGAACCCGCUACUAACACUGUGUCUCUAAUGUUAGCGCGCUCAUUCACCUGUAAAGUUCACCCAGAAUCGUUUUGCACAUUAUUAUUGGAUAGCUCUAAGCUGUGCGUGUGUGUCGAUGUGUGGUUCCACGAUAUGGUGUCUCAAAAUCCGAUGUUGUCCACAGUAAGGGAAGGAUUCCCUGCCCCCGGUGUGAGUUGAUCUAUGCUGGGGCCGGGGUGGGGGACAUUUUCCGCAGACCAAACCUGGACACGUUUCUCAGUCAGCCGACAUCGAUAUCACAACCUAUGUAUUCAUUGUGACUGCAAUAAAGUUGAACGCUAUACCGGCAGAUCUCGGUCACAAACGAUCCUUGCCACUUUAACACAGACGCCAGUUUGCAGGCUGUCAGGGUCAAAGCUGGGCAGGUGGCAACCCUCGCGUGCCCGUGUAAGCCAUCAACCUCUCCGUGUGAGCUCACAAUACAAAAGUGAAUGGCUCGGCGAGUGAUUCGAGCAAUAUCCCUCCUUCAGAGCAGAAAGAGGGCACGGGAGCGCUAUCUGGUGUGGAGUUGGAUAUUGCACAUCAUGUCAACUGCAUCGCUCUACGAGUCCACUUUCUAGACAACGUCAAGGCACCACCAAGCCGUCAAUCGUUCUAGAUGGGUCGUUGGCAGCGUCGUGAACCUGACGACCUAAGUUCAAUUCCUGGCCUUGGCUAAUACCCGUGGCGUGAACUGGGCCUGGCCCACCACACCCACCACACCCGUUCACCAACCAACAUUGACGAGUAUGGUGAAGUAUGGUCAAACAACCCCACGAUGGACGUAGCUCUGGGAGGCCUUCAUCGAGCAGUGGAUUGAGAAAGGGCUAAAAAUAGUUAUAGUUGGUUAGGAAAAAAAACUGUCAAUUUCAUUCAAAAGAAAUUCGUGUGACGUUUCUGCAAAUGUUUUAAGACAACACAGGGUAAAUAAAGUGUGAUCCCCAACUAUAA